GCUCUCUCCCUCUCUCUGUAUAGACAGUGACAAGGCAGGCUGUCCUGACCGUAGCCCAGGACUGGGUCCCCAUCCUGGACAAGGUGUUUGGGCAGAAGUGGUGCAGCGACCUGUGGCAAAUCAAAGAGCUGGCUUCAGGGAAAGGGGGUGAGGAGAGGACCGGGGGAUCUGGGCUGGGGAUUGUGGGCUCCUUCCCCAGUCUGAAUGCCCUGAUCCGUGAGAACCUGGAGCCCACCCCCACCAUCCCCCUGCAAGACCCCCAGUGGAUGCCUCUGGAGGACAUGGAAGUCCUCUCCUCGACCUUGGACACUCCGCAAGACCCUCCUGCUUCCAUAAACACCACAGCCACAGUUGAGGAGUCCCUCAGGUCUCCGUCGAUGCUUCACCGGCUCCUCACACUCCCCGCUCAGCUCCUAGAGGAAGACGAGAACACCAUGGAAACCAUCCCCCUGCUCCCCGACGCUUCACCUGGCAGAUCAGCUGUGCGCCGGCAAAACACAGAAUCGCCUAACCAGAGCUGCCCAGCUCCUCCCAAGAAAAAGGUUGCUGUUUCACAGGAGGAGGAAGAAGACGAAGAGGAUGAAGAGAAGGAAGAGAAGGAAGACAAAGGGACAACGACGCUGGACUCAAAGGUGAAGACCGUGCCUCUCAAAGGCAGGAAGGGUUACGAGUGUAAAGAAUGCGGCAAGAAGUUCAGCCGAGCGCCGCUCCUGAAAGCUCACCAGCAGACUCAUAUCAGCACAGCACUGGCGACGACGACAGCAAUCUGCUGUUCCGAGUGCGGGAAACACUUCUCCCAGGCAUCCCGGCUACAGGCGCACCUACGAACACACACUGGGAAAAAGUCUUGAGCAGAUGGAAUUGGAAGAUUAAAGCAAAAAAAAAAAAGGAGAAUUUGGAAUCAAAGUCUAUCUUCAGUCCAUAUCUCACAUAUAGCCUUUCAGUAGCAGGAGGGUCACCGGUACUCGAGUUCAUACAUUUGAGUUCACUUUUAAGUGCCGUAAGUCAGGAAUCGGGGGCAUUUUUUCCAGGUACAGUUUUGCUGACUGCUGUUUCUUAAUUGUUACCACCAUUUUGAUUUCUUACAUGUGGCGACAAGGUAAAUACUUUGUAAUGAUUUGGGAUUGGAUCUCGCUGGUAGUUGUGUUUAGUAUGUAUCGACCUUGUACAUUCUCUAUAGCAUGGGACAGUGGCGCUCACAACAAAACAACGAAGUUAAAUUUUUAAGUGAUCUUUUCACUUUUCUCAAUAUACUUUUCUACGUUUUUGGAAUAUCAAACUGGUCUCUUUGUGCUUUAUUAUUUCACAUCAAGGUUAUUUGCUAUACCGGAGGCCAUGAUCUUGGCUUUUGUGGACUGCAACUUCAAUGAACAUUACACUGAUUUGUGAGAAUUGUAUCUUUCAGUGGCAGAAGCGUUGUCUCAUCUUCUUCCCAGUGCUACAAGCAGUGACUCGAUUUCAAAGGGCGUAUGUACCCAAGGUAAAGGGGGAGAGAGACAGACUGCUGGAGUCAAUAGCAAAACCUUUGUUUUGCUUACCUCUGAAUGUGGAAAGAACCUGGUAUUUCUCUUUACCUUCUUCAUGCAAUUCACUAUUUACAGUCCUCACUUGACAGUAUUUUAAUUUUUUCACUCAACAUAAAUACCUCCUUUAAACAGUCAAAUAAUAAGUUUGAUAAAGGUAUUGUUACAUUGGUAGACCUUUGUUUUUUUUAUAAAGAACCACAGAUUCAGAACAAUUCGGAACAUCGUGCAAUUUACUGAAUCACAAGCCUACGGACCUCUAGUUGAUGACUAGCACAAGCUGUGUGACGAUGACAUGGCCCUCUUGGGUUUUUCUACAUCCUAUCCAUGUCUGCCCUAGGACCAUUCCUGACACAAGUCUACGAAGAUAAAGUGGGGGAAAGAAUGGGAAUCUCGCCCUCGUGCUGAUUGUGCAGGCUGGGUUUUCAAGUGUCAUGGGAAGUAGAGAAAUACCACAUUGAUGAAACACACUUUUUGGUUUGUUUUAUUUGUCUUGUUUGACCUCCGGAUAAGUCAAAUGGAUGUGGAGCAUCUGAUUGGACAUCAGGAAUAUUGUUUCUGCUCAUAUCACCAUGCCUAACAGAAUACUUUGUUGGAACAUAAAAUAUUGAAGGGAGGGGCAUUCUAAUAAGGGAUGGGUGGGGGGGGUUGAGGGGCAGGGUUGUAUAGAUUUGAGACAUACUGGUGUUUGCAGGAUUGUUCUUUGCUUUUCUACAGAUAUCUUGGGAGGCAAACACUGUUUAAGCCCCUCUGCCAGAUUCCUUAAGUAUCGUAGCGUCUUCCCAUUUUGAUUGUGCUUUGUCUCUUGUAGAUGCGCCCGCAGCUUGUAGUGCUGAGUGAUAAGUGCUUUUUGAGGUCGGUUUAGUUUCGGUUCGUAAAAAAAAAAAAAAACAUUAAAUGCAUUGUGGGUUGAAUGCUGUAACACCAGAAUAAAACAAUUAAAGUCACAUGAUACUGCUUACCACUUAUUAACAAUGUAUUUACAUGACUUUAGUUUAAUAAAAUAUUUAAGUUGUGUA